UAUGUAUGCAUAUAUCCCCUCUUUGGGGGAGCUCUAUGGUUGUUUCAACAAAUACUUCUAAGGUAUCUUGACAUUAGCAGUCAUCAUAGCAGCGGGGCGAUGCGGAUGGAUGCAUAGCCCCCUAAUUCCACGUUGUCCUAAAGAGAGGCAUUGUGCUCCCUCUCUCCCAAGGGGGAAGGUUAAAGUGGACAGCUCAGGUCUUCCUCUCCCCCCAGGUGUCCGUGGGCUACCUUGAGAGGAGCACAGGCACAUCUUUGCUUCUGCCACGCCUCACUGAUCAAGAGGCUAUCAGGCUGGAGAAAUUUAUAAAUGUGGGUGCUUGCUGCUCCUGCCUCGUGGUCACUGUGCUGAUCUCUCGAGACCUGCAAGUCAUGAGGACGUCCCUCUUUCUCUUUGCUGUCUUCUUCUUUCUGGCCCCAGUGGGAAGUGACCUUGACGCAGGCAGGAUAUGCGGCUACGGGACUGCUCGCUGCCGGAGGAACUGUAAGAGACAAGAGUUCAGAGUUGGAAAAUGCCCCAACACCUAUCCGUGCUGUUUGAAAAGGUGGAAUGUCAACUCACUGAAUCCUCAGAAGGACGGAAAGCCGAAGGGAGCUGGGCUCCUAGAAAUGGCCGCCAGCCAGACCUCUGAGCCUCCCUUCUCCGGGCCUUCCCGCUGGACGGUCCCCAGCGGAACCAGCCGUCCGGUUGAGUGAGGACCGGCCGAGGGCGCGCGCGGAGCCGAGGCAGGAGGCGCAGUGAGCACAGGCCUCUGCCUGACAGCGGAGGGCAGCAGCGCAGCUUAGAUGACUGUCCCAGAGCACUUCAGGAGGUGAGCCAGAAGCGGGUCCAGUCCGCCCCAAGCCUAAGUGAACAUCAUUUUAUUCUUUUGCCUGAAUCAUACUGAUUGAUCUUGUAACAUUGGGUUUCUUUUCUGAUCAGCAGUUCUGCUCAAUAGUUAUACGUGUCUUUUAUUAAUUAAAAUGGAAUAAAUCAAUACUGAGUGCAA